AGACAUGUGAGAUCAAGCCGGGGGAUUUUUGGCCCACUUCUGCCCAAAGAGAAGACUGACAAAGUCUCAUCGAUGCCGUUCUUCGCGAAGGAGGACUUCCAGCUUUGGGGCGAUGAUGGCACCAGCAGUGUCUGGGCGAGGGGCUUUCUCCAGAUCGCCGAAUCUCACGAGCACAGCGAGUUCUGCCGAAUGUUAGCACAGCUCAACGCCAUCACGGCAGCUGAUAUCUUGACCACGGCCAUGAAUGGCCUAGACCAGCGCCAGCUGCUGGAGCAGCUGAUCGAAAAGUCCAAGCAGCUCCCAGAGUCCGGCGCUAGCGCUAUGGCAGGUGAGCUGCGCGAAGUGGAGCGCUUGGAAAGGACUUUGAGGCAGAGGGAGGAGGAGCUUGCAACGUCCCAGAGUCAGUUAUCGGAGUUCCAAAGGAAGCUGCGGCUGAAGGAGGAGGUGCUUCAGAAUGCCGAAGCCGAACUGCAACAGCGUGAGCAGCGGGAGGACGAGCUCAUGGCCGCUGCUGCUGAAGAGGCUGUGGCACAGGUGGCGCCAAAGCUAAGGGCUCAGGCUGCCAAUGAAGACGCUGUGGCGAUGGCUGCUGAAGAGGCUGCGGUGCAGGCGCCAAAGCCAUUUGGCCAGGCGGCUCGGCCACCGCAAAUGCAGCCCUCACAGCCGGCCGGGCUCGCAGCACCCGGGGCUUUGCAACCGACAUCGCAGUCCCACGCCUCGGAAGUCGAGCCCGGGGGUGAUGAGCUAGAACCUGACCCAGAAGGGUCGCCUUUCGCCGAAGCCUUGCUGGGCGCUUCCUUCAAGGAGAGCAGGGUGAGGAGCUUCUGGCAGAUGGCGAAGGCUGCGUACAACAAGAAGAGUGAGGAGCACGUCGAAGAAGAGGGUAAGAUUUGGCAAGUCAUCGCAGAGAUCCGACACACCAACACGAGGGUCAUUGCCAGGCAAAUCAAAGGCUGCGCUGCGGUGGAGAUUGCUUUCCGGGGCACGGUUGGGCAGGAUGCUUCUGGCGUGGAGUCGUCUGCCAAUUGGGCCUCUAACUUUGACGGCGCUUUGACAGACUUGGACCCCGACACCUACAACGAAAUGGCGACGAACACAAAGCCACAGGUCCGCAAAGGCUUUCAGGAUGCCUACCGCCUGGUGAAGCCCAAGAUCCUUGAGUGGCUGCAGGCCAGAGAUGGGCAUGUCCGAGUGCGUGUUGCGGGGCACUCGCUGGGCGGGGCUUUGGCCACCCUGGCAGCGGUGCAUUUGAAGUCAUUCGUUCACGUCGAGGCCGUGGUGACCUUUGGGUGCCCUAGGGUGGGGGCCAAGAACUUCGUGGAGCUCUACAAAGCCCUUGACUUGCACCGCCGCACCGCCCGUUUUGCCAACCAGGCAGAUCCGGUGUGGCGGGUGCCGCUGGAAAAGUGGGGCUUCGUUCAUGUGGUGGAGGGGUACUCGUUGGGGAGCUGCGGUCGGCUGGGCUUGUCUUUGAAGAGCCAUUCCAUGGAAGGCUCCGACAAGUCCUACUUUCACACUUUGCACGACGCGAUAGAGGGCCAGGUCUUGCAGUCAAAAGUGGCGGACACCUUGUCGGCAGUGGCUGGACGGCUGAUGUCUUCAGCGGCUUCAACAGAUGACGUUAUGAGGACGCAGCAGGAGCUCAAGCAGGAACUCAAAGUGAGUCUCGCGGUGCUUGCCCAGGGAAUGAGAUCCGCCGAGCGGAGAUUGCACGAUGCUAUCACCAAGACGCAGCACUGGACGUGGCUCACCUUCGCUGCGUCAGUGACUGCAACAGUUGAGAAGCACUUGGACGACCUGCCGCCGUGGAGCCAGGCGGGGUCAGGCAGCGCGUGGUUCCUUGGACUGACAGAGCGGCGGGACUACAUGCUGAGGGCAGCGCAAGAGGAGCUGCAAGACCGUGGGUCGCAGCUUGGUAGGUUCUUUGUGGAUGUUUACCUGCGGAUGGGCGAUCUAGUAAUUCGCGCCAUGGAAGCUUCUGGGGCGGCCAGGGGGGCUGUGGACAAGGAGGUGAAAGAAUUCAACGACUCACUGAUGCAGAUUUUGGAAUCGCGUCGUCUUGACCUCGCUUCCUGCGUUGCGGUCAUGAGAUCGCUUCCAUGUCCAAGUGACUCCAAGCUUCGGGAUUUUAUCAGGCUCGCUUUGCAUGAUGUGCCCGAUGCUGACUGGAGUUCGGUGGCAGCCGCAGUCUUGCAAGAUCCAACUUGCCUCAAGCUGGAGUUCGAGAAGGACACUGCUGACGAGAAGUGGUUCACGCACCUUUUGCAAAGCACUCUUUUCCGCUGCCCGUCCUGGACGUCUUUGUGCCUGCGAUUCAGCAGCUUGAAGGAGGUGGUGGGCAGCCUGCCAGUCAGUCUUCAACCUCUGAAAUUGAAUUUUAGCCACAACCAGAACUUCACGGACGCAAGCUUCGAGAAGCUCGCGGAGAACCUGCCAGCGAGUCUUCAAGCUCUGCGUUUGGAUUUUGGCUUCAACGAGGACUUCACGGAUGCAGGCCUCAAGAAGCUCGCGGAGAACCUGCCAGCGAGUCUUCAAGCUCUGCCGAGCCUUCAAGCUCUGCAUUUGGAUUUUGGUUUCAACAAGAAAUUCACGGACGCAAGCUUUGAGAAGCUCGCGGAGAACCUGCCAGCGAGCCUUCAAUCUCUGCAUUUGGAUUUUGGCUUCAACAAGAACUUCACGGAUGCAGGCCUCGAGAAGCUCGCGGAGAACCUGCCAGCGAGUCUUCAAUCUCUGCAAUUGAAUUUUUCCUCGAACGAGAACUUCACGGAUGCAGGCUUCGAGAAGCUCGCGGACAACCUGCCAGCGAGUCUUCAAGCUCUGCAUUUGAAAUUUUCCUCGAGCAAGAACUUCACAGACGCAAGCUUCGAGAAGCUCGCGGACAACCUGCCAGCGAGCCUUCAAUCUCUGCAUUUGGAUUUUUCCUCGAACGAGAACUUCACGGAUGCAGGCUUCGAGAAGCUCGCGGACAACCUGCCAGCGAGUCUUCAAGCUCUGCAUUUGAUUUUUUCCUCGAGCAAGAACUUCACAGACGCAAGCUUCGAGAAGCUCGCGGACAACCUGCCAGCGAACGAGAAAUUCACGGACGCAAGCUUUGAGAAGCUCACAAACAACCUGCCAGCGAGCCUUCAAUCUCUGCAUUUGAAUUUUUACUUCAACGGCAAGUUCACGGAUGCAAGCUUCGGGAAGCUCGCGGACAACCUGCCACGAGUCUUCAAGCUCUGCGAUUGGAUUUUGGCGUCAACGAGGACUUCACGGAUGUAGGCCUCAAGAAGCUUCGAGAAGCUCGCGGACAACCUGCCAGCGAGUCUUCAAGCUCUGCAUUUGGAAUUUUCCUCGAGCAAGAACUUCACAGACGCAAGCUUCGAGAAGCUCGCGGACAACCUGCCAGCGAGCCUUCAAUCUCUGCAUUUGAAUUUUUCCUCGAACGAGAACUUCACGGAUGCAGGCUUCGAGAAAAGCUCGCGGACAACCUGCCAGCCAGCCUUCAAUCUCUGCGUUUGAGGUUUUUUUCUUGGCAGCGGCGUUUUGGCGUUUCUGCGUUUUGGCGGCAGCGGCGACCACGCGCUUGACCUGCCUGGCGCCCCAAACGCAGCUUUCUUCGGCCAAAAGCCCCCCGGUUUGGCCGUAUUUGCCCGGACCAUUUUGUUCAAUC